AUGCAUCGCUACGAACAGAUUGCCCAGAUAGGGAAGGGCUCAUUUGGCGUUGUAUACAAGUGUCGCCUCAAGCAGACAGGGCAGUUUGUAGCCGUUAAGCAGAUAUCAACCUAUGGCAAGUCAUCCUCCGAACUUGCAGCGCUCAACUCAGAGAUAUCCUUACUGAAGGAAAUCAAUCACCCCAAUACAAUUCGGUUUUUUGAAUCCUUUGAAGAGGAUGGCAGCGUUGUCAUCGUCACCGAGUUGGCUCAGUCCGACCUUCACAGUAUCUUUGCCAGCGACGGGCCGCUUAAUAUUGAGACUAUUCAAAAGGUGUGCUUUCAGCUGCUUAAUGUUUUAACAUACCUCCAUUCCCGCCGGAUUGCACACAGAGACAUCAAGUCACAGAACGUUUUGAUAUCUCAGGGUGUCUGUAAGCUUUGUGACUUCGGAUUUGCGCGCCAGAUGUCACAGCAGACCCUUGCUCUCCAGUCUAUCAAGGGGACUCCUCUCUACUUAGCCCCCGAAAUUGCCAAAGGAAAGAAGUAUAAUACAAUCUCUGAUAUGUGGGCAUUUGGCGUGAUGAUUUUUGAGUUGGCCACGGGCAGGACCCCGUUCACUGCUACUGACUUUCUUACUCUCAUGAGCAUCCUCCAGGACGACUCCAACAAGGUGCCGUAUGACAAGUAUCCUAUCUUUGCGCGAGAGCCUCUUUUCAAGAGCUUUUGCGAGUGCAUGCUCCAGCGUAACCCCGAUAAGCGCUGGGCCUCCAAGCAGAUGCUAGAUCAUCCGUUUCUCAACGAGGGCUCUGCUAUACGAUUGGCUAAGCAUGUUAAUGACGCUUACAAGUUUAAAGAUUGGCUCGCUUUGCUCCGGACAAUGAAACAGCAAAGUGCUCUUCAAUCCAUCCUUCUUACGGUUAACACAGAGGCUGUGGUUGAGGUUGUCGAACAGGGUGCCCUCACAGAAGAGUAUGCGGAUAAUUUCUAUGACAAUAGGCUCAUCGAUGCGAUCAACGAGGCGAUUAAUUCUGCUCAUGACCUUCCACCCAUUGUGAUAGCCUUAAUGGCCCUUUUAUCCAUCAAUUCUAAUCAGGCAGAGGCCAUCUUCACGUCAGAGGUUGUUUCCUCGCACAUUCACAACGCCGACUCACGGAAUCUUGAAAAAGACUAUUACCGCAUACUGGCCUACAUUCAUUCGCACCCCGGAGAUAAGGAAGAGGCAUUCUACCGUGUGGCAGAUUUCAUGGCAUUCCUUAUUGUAAGAUCCUCCAGCACUUUCCUCCAACUGAUACAGUCAGCUCUGCGCUGUAUCUCCAAGACAAAUCUUGCACAAACAGAUGUCAUUUCAAUCGUUCUUCUUUUGCGGGUUUCUGCUGUAUGCUUCGGCUGUAUGUUCACGUGGAAUGUUCCGAUAAGCUUUGGUCAAAUAGUGUCCUUCCCUUACGACAUGUACAUUAAGGCAGAGGAUGUUGUCUUCCCCUCUAAGGCGGAGGACAAGCCUGUGCUUACCAGGAGGGCACACAUAGUGGCUGCAGCCAUCAACACUUUAUCUGCCACAAGCACGAUUGAAAAGCUAUUUGAGUCCUUCAACACAAUCAUCUCCAAAAGCAUUGGUGUUAUUGAGACGUCAACUGAGUCGUUUAUAAUCAAGUGCCUUCUUUACUGUAUCAAUGUCUCUUUUUGCAUGGGGACCACUGCUCAAUCAAGUGUUCAGUUCUUAAUGCAGGAGUAUGUUCUCUAUCUCCCUUCGGGAAAUCGCAUGAUAGGUUUAGAACACCUACUCACAGAUGACUAUGCCGAUGCUGAUAUGGGCUCGGGUGGCGACGAAGUGAAGAAGGGGUCUGGGAACGACGGGUUCAAGCUCAGGACAAUAGAUGUGCGCUACGAUGUUAAUAUUAGAAACAGCCUCUUCGGUCAGAUAGAUACACGUGACUACAACAAAUUCAGGUUUUUGCCGGAGUAUUUUAAAAAGUUUACUAGUUCUGAGAAGGCCACAGUGAUUAGCACAGAUUUAUUUGGGGAAGAUGAGUAUAGCUAUGUUGGGAUUUUUCUCAGCGAAAACUUUAAGGCGUAUAUUAAUCGAUUCGUUGAUCUUAUUUCCGGACGCUGCUCCCGUGACUAUCCCAUAUUGCUCACUCGUCUCUACGUUAUCUUCAAGCGGCUCAUCAAUUUCAAAAAUGGCAUCAAGCUGGAUGAAGGCUACAUCACAAUAUAUAACAAUUACACAACCACCUGUUUACAAACUCUCUUUCAAGCAGCAGAUGCGGUUUCUCAAACAGACCCCAACAACGCUAUGCAAGCAGCUAUAGCGACAAUAAUAAAAAACCUCAACCUCCCUAUUCUUUCGGCAGAUUCGUCAUCGUCAGGCGUCCUCAAGUAUACCAUGCCCUCUCUCGGUCAGACAAUUGGGAAAACAGCCGUAGGAGAUGUGCUGUCUGGCCAAACCAAGAUCAACCCCUCCACCCCGCGCGAAGGCAAGGGAGCCAGUGGUGACGGUUAUGCGCAUGGUCUCAGAUCCAAUUUUGAUAUGCUCCGUGCCGGAAGUAUGACAGUGAGUCUAGCAGCGACCAGCAUGGCUGGAAUGAAUCAGUCUAUAAAUCCACAUACAUUGACGCCCGUCUCUGCUAUUUACCCAACCGUAGAAUUCGCGCUCAUUCUUCUUCAUUUGCGCCAAACACUUUUGCAGAACCAUCAGGCUAUUAUUAACAUGUUUACAGUCAGGAUGCCUGCAAAAAUGCUUUCUACAGGAAAACUAUCUGCUCUGUAUGCCUAUUACAGAGAGCCGUACUGUUUUAAUCUGGAGGUCUCGAAAGGGUCGAACAUGGCCGGAAUCACUGUGGAGACAUACCACGGCUCGACAGCUGUGGAGCUUAAUAACAUGGUGAGUGGGCGGAGCAAGACCGAGAUGUCUAUCUUGCUGAACUCUGAGAACACUUUUUUGAUAGAGUACCUUAACACCUUUAAGAAGCAACUAGCUAUGUGCUACUGCUUCCUUCCCUUUGCGUACAUACAGAGUGAUGAGAAAGAAGUGUUUAGGCAACUGAAUUCGUCUCGGGAAGAGUUCCGCCGGAUUGUAGCAGAAAAAGAGUUUGUAGAAACGCAGCUAUCCAAGAAAUUUCAUCGCGGUUCCGUGAUUGAAAUGCAAAACAAGCUACAGACCGAUGCAGAGACGGUGGACUCUAUUUUUACUAGCUUUGUAAGGACUGUCUUGGCGGAAAUACAGUCUCUCAAACUGAACUCCUUCCGGUUCUUAAAGCAUAUCUUUGCGCCGUCCUUUCAAUACUUGUUCCCGCUGUACACAUAUUCCCGCAAGGACCCGUCUCCCCUGGCCCACCAUGCUCUAUACUUAAAGCGACGGUUCCAGCAGUCCGGUAUACCUAACGGAGAUGAUAUCAACCUGAACGACAUAAGGGAUAACGAUAUUAAGACUUUAGUGAAGCUCCUCAUCCAGGCAGACCUUCCUAGAAGGGGUCAUUUUAUCAUCACAAUUCCUCAGGUGUGCUAUAUCUUUGAUGGUAUGAGCCUUCCAGGAAACCCAUUCUCCAUCCAGAUCUCUAGCGAUCCCUUUUCUACGUUUUCUCUCUACCAGACCAAUGCCAAUCUCGUUUCAACCUAUAUGAUCCUUUCUGAGUGCAUCCGAAUGGUCGUGGAGGAGGCCUUCUUGAACGGUCUUCUGGUACUGACCACAGAGAAUGAUGUGCAGAUGUACCAGAUUUCAAACGUAGUUGUCCAGAAAUAUAUCGACAUCCACGUUAUCUUUGCUACAUCAACGGAUGGCACCAUACCCCCAUCGGACUAUUUAUAUCAGGGCCUUCCGGUUUGCGCCUAUGUGAAUGUGAAGCAGGGUGAAGGUGGAACAGAUAAAAUCCUUAUUGAUAAAAAUGCGCAACUGGACUAUUUAGAUAAAGAAGAUGUGCGGGUCAAUGCCCUUUUGACCCUCUAUAACUGUGCGUUUUGCAGUGAAGAUUACGCUCGGAACCUCAGUCAGAUAACGUUUCCGAUCUCGGACGUUAUCACGGAGAAUAAAGACGAAACAAAGCUUAGCGUUAUUACGAUGUUGGCAAUAUCGUGUCUUUGGCUCCAAGCCCACGGUGAGGAGGACGAUCUUCGCUUGAGCCUAUUUGGCUUGCUUCUAACUUCCAAUUUUGAGUAUAACAUGAACUGUUUGCAGAGGGACAGUGAAUACCUCGUCAAGCUCUAUAAGCCAGAUAGCAUGUCCACCAUUAAAGACUUGGUUCUGUUGUCGCUAGUAAGACGCGUGAGUGUCUUCGCAGGUAGCGUUGAGGAAUCGCUGGCAGAAGCGCGACUGAUUAUGAACGGAAGUAGUUACAGCCGUGUUGAUGAUGUAUACACAAAAGCUCAAGACGACGCCGUUAUUAGCUCCAAUCCUCAAGACUUUAAUAUCUUGUCUCAUGGCGCUCUCCGCGUUGAGCGCAUCAUGAGGGAGUUAAUUAAGGCAGGCGGAAUCAUCGACUAUGGACACUCGGACUUUGAUGGAGGAUUCGAUAGAUACAACUACCCCAAACUAACCGAUGUUCACAUAGACUUUAACGUCAGGCAAUUACGCCGCUCGUACUAUUAUUUAUCCACUGGAACAGCAAUAGAAGUUCCUUCUAUUAAUAACUAUUUAGAGUUGGAAGUCCCCGUUCCAGUAUUCUAUGCGUGCAUUGAUGCUAUUACCCCAAUCCUCAAGCAUUGCAAGGACAUCUCAAUAAAACAGCCGCACAAUUCAACAGUUUAUUCCGUUCUUGCCUCGGAAUCUAGGGAAGGAGUAAUAGCAGAUUGCAUUGGUAUCUCGCGUGCCAUAUUUGCUAGCCUGGAUUAUGUGCUUGUGGAGCCGAGCUUUCGGGCGUUUCUAAUGCCAUGUCAUAACUACGUGGGGUUCUUGGACAGCGCACUUAACUACAUUAAUAUAUUAGCGCAGGAACACAUCGACGUCUUGCCUCUCUUUGUGAAGCUAUCAGUUUAUUUGAACCUCUCUCUAUACAACUCUAUAGAAGCUGCCUUUUGUGCCGCAUAUGCUGCGCCCCACCACGGUGCAAUUUUGGGCGAGGAAGAAUCGACUGCCACCAGCGUCUCCUCUACCGUCUCUUUGGGAACACCGUUGUUAUCUGCACGACCAGCAGAAAUGAAGACUCCCAUCUUGACUCCUAGUCAAUCAUUGAAGCUGACAAGUCGUCCGCCGAGCUAUGGAGCCCAUACACCCAAUGCUAAUGAACAUGAUCUUCCGGAGGUUACUACUAGUCGUAGUACCGCACGCGGUAAGACACCGCUCAAGUUAGGAAGCUACUCAACAAAACCAGCAGUUCUAUAUGAACAGAAGUCUGAGACAGGAUACCCAAUCAUAUCUACUUACUUAGGGCCUGGAUCGACGCAUUACAAUGGGAUUCUUAUGUGCAGUUUAAUCAACAACUGCAGCGAUUGCAUGGCGGAUUGCCUUGGGUUAGAUACCCGGAGGUAUGACUUAGGAGGGCUUGAGGGCCGAAAUCAGGAAAUAUCCAACGCUAAUUGGCACUGGCGGUUUCUUGCAUCCCCACAGGGCCUCAUCAAGUACAUUAUCUCAGUACGGAACACGCUUUCUUUAUUGGCCAACAAACGCGUAUCUGGUCUUACUGACCCUCCAGGCGACGUCAACUAUAACUCGGCUGGGUGGACGGCUAUAAGCUCCAUCGAUGAGUUCAAUCAGUACAUGUCCUACCCCUUGCCAGAAGUUGUGAGGACCUUGUGUGCAGCGAUCUCUCCACAAUCACUCGACAACAUCAUACUCUGUCCGUAUCAGUUUGGAGGAGGGCAAAGAGCUGCAGAGACUCUGAUGCGAUACGCAUUGUUAGCCAUAUACCAAAUCGUCUAUUUGUCAUGCCGUCCCAGUACAGAGAAGAUUGGAGACAGGAUGGAGGAACUCAAAAGGACUACUAACACAACUAAAAAGGACAAGCACACAGACACGGCCCGUCUUGUCUAUGAUCCAGAUCGCUAUUACAUGACAGAGUACGUCUCAUCUGUGUUGCUGGAGUUCAACUUCAUCAAGCACGUUAUAGACUCAUUGUAUUACCUUAGGAGCUUCCACACACUGUAUUAUGCGCUUGUGACGAUGGUCUUCUUCGCAAUGCACCCCCAAGACUCGAUAGUGAUACCGUGGAUUAACCAAUUUAUCUUCAGUGGAGGCGUUUCAAUGAACCUUUUGUCUGCAAUAUUUUCUCAGAAGAACAUAAGUCAGCGGAACAAUCCUCACUCGUGUAUCCUUGAAAUUCUAAUUCUACUUCUUAGAGCUGUGCAAGUCUCACAAGAGUACGCCGAGCUAGUAAGCAACACUAUUUCUGCCAGCACCAUCAUUCAGUUUCUUUCCUUUGAGUCAUCAGAAGAGCUUAUUGUGAAGUCCUGCGAAUUUGUUGGUUAUUUAAUAAAGGCGCGACCCACGGCUUCUGAACAAUACAAAACAUGCUUAGACAGCCUAAUAGAGCUUAUUAAGACGCGGAGGACAGCUAUAGUUACUAAGUCUCUCUUUGCAAUGAUGCAUAUUGCCAAGACAGUUGAUGAUGCAUUUAGCCUCAGUAAGUGCAUUGGCUGCAUCUGCAAGACUCUUAUGAACGCUCGCGUUCUAGACGACAUCAAGACCUGCGCGGCCGUAGCGUCUGCCAAGAUUAUUCUAGCCCAUGAAGAGUUAGCUACGGAGUUUGUUUCAGGAGAAGGCGUCAUUAGCCUUGUUGACUGCAUGUCUAGUUGCGACCAGCUCUCGGACAAGAUGAUAUACGCUAAAGUCCUUCUGGAACUGGCGAAGUUUGACCCGGUAACCACAGCCCUCAAAUCUCAGGCGUCACUAUUGCGGAUGAUAGACCGCGAUUGUGAUGAUCAUGCCCUCAAGUCUCUGCUUGAAAACUUGCUGAUCACAAGUAAAAGAAUGUAA